UAGCACUUGAACGUCGUGCAAUAGAUGGCGAAAAGGACGGUUUGCAUAUUUCUAUUCAACAAAGCACCAGCUGCUUCAAAUAUAUUAGGCCUACAAACAUUUAUUAGAGUUAGCAACGUGUACAGUUCCAUUACAACAGAUGGUACUCUAUUAGUUUCGUUCACGUUAUGGAAGAGAAUGGAGAUUCAAAAGAGGCGGUUAAAUUAGCAAGUGAAGAAACAGCUAAAGACCAACCGGAAGAUAAUGCAAAAAAUGAAGAAGAGGAAGAUGUAGAAAAAGAUGCCGAUGCAAAAACUGAAGACGAAUUGAUUUUGGAGAAAGUAAUUGAAAAGUCUAUUAGUGUUGAGGAAGUUGCUGUUAAUCAUACGACUGUAAAAAACACAGUUAUUGUUAAAGAAGAAUCUACGAAAACGGGACAGGUUGGUAAGGAGGUAAUAAAAGAGAAAAAGUCCGAGAAGAAGCGUGUAAUUUCACCUAAAAGGCAGAGUAAUUUGUCCUUAAAUGCCUUUAGCAAAAAAGAGGAUAAAAAACAAAAGGAAAAGACAGUUGGAAGACCAAUAGAAAAUUAUGCAGCCCAAAGGAAAAUGAUUGAACGAUUGUACUAUGGUACUUUCAAAAAGUCAGAUAAGCCGUUAAAAAAUCCCAUUACCGGAAAGGGUAUGGAAUGCUUAGACCGACCAAGAUCUGUUCGUAUUACACGGAAAGAAACGCAAACUCGCAAUCCAUUAACUGGUGAGGGUUUGCAGUUUCAAAAACUUUUUUCAGGUCGUUGCAGAGGUGAAACCGUCCGUGCCACCGUGUACUGAAGCAGGAGAAAGACGAGAAGAAUUCCGCCGCAAGUACUUGCGCUCCUAUAAUAUUAUAAGCAACUGGGCAAAUGAAGAAGAGCAAUCCACAGAUUGCGAAUGAAACUUCCAUUUUUUUUAGCUUUUUCUAUCGAUUUAUCAAUUUUUUUUUCAGGCACUUGCACAGUUUUUGGUUAUAUAGUAAAGACCACCUAGCGGUUAUAUAGAUGUACAUUAAAAGUUAUUACUUUGUAAUUUUUAAUUUCAGUUGACGACUAAAACGUUUCUUUUACGAAUGAACCAAUUUACAUGUAUAUAAAUGAAUAUGUAUAUAUAUGUAAUUGGUAUAUAUAUAUAAAUAUAUAUAUAUAUAUAUAUAUUUCAAUGAUGUACAAAUACUACAUAAGAAGUUAAAUACAUGUUUUGACUUUUAAGACCUGUUUAACACUACAAAAAAAUUCUCAAGUAAAGAUUUAACGCAAUAGGCGUUUUGUUUUUAAAGAAUAUAUUUACAUAAAAAGUUCGCCUAUUUCGCCGUCUAAUUGUUUGUUGCUCCUCCAGUUUGUUCUUGGUAAACCUCGAUUACAUCGUCUUCUUCCAUGUCCAACUGAAAUGAAAAAUAUGAAAUUUUAAUUACUUUAUUUGCAAUGGAUAAAAAUCGAAUUGUUAUUGCAACUAUGACAA